AUGCCAUCCAUUGAUCAUACACAUCUGUUCAAAGAUGUUCUCUCGGAGAAAUCGUCACAACUUCCACCUUCGUCAAGGUCGAAAUCACCUUCAAGAUUGAAUGUCAGAUCUGCUUCGAGAAAAGGUAAAGGUAAAGAAAGUGACUUGGACGAAGAAGAGUUCUUGAAGGAGUCUUACCGUAUAUAUAAUCACUUAUUGUCAUUACAACAUCUUCUUACAUCAGUACGAAAACCAUAUUUAUCGACAGUCGAACCACCUCCUUUAUCUAGAAGGUCACAUAAAGAAAAUAAAGCAGCAGAUGAGGAUGAGCAGAACGAAUGGAAAAAAUGGGAAAGAGUCAAGUAUCUGACUGAUAGAGAAAGGGAUGAAAUUGACUUAAGAGCUAGAAUGAUUUUAAGGAGAUGUAAAGAGCGUGUCAACGCUUUGGAAAUAUCAGAGCAUGCUCGAAAAUCCAAAACCCCUUCGACAUCGUCUGCUAAAGCGACAGUUCUAUCAUUCUUACCUUCAUUACUCCCUUCGGAAUCAUCGUCGUCUUUCCCACCAUUGAUCAAUGCUCACAGAGCAUCCGUGUUAUGGACAUUGAACGAUUAUUUAGCCAGACUCACUUCUACUGUCAGCGAUUUACAAGAAGAAAGGUCUAAACGGCGUGAAGAGAGAAGUAAAACGCUAGGUUCAGGAGCAUCGAUCGAAGCUUCAAGAAUGAACAACCUAGCACAAUCACAAUCGAAAUCGGUGAAUCACAAAAUCCCAGAUGGUAUAAUGGUCGGUGUAGAUGAUCCAGCAUUCACAACAUCCGAUUCUCAUUUAUCAAAUGGCAACGGAUACACUGGGGGUUUGGGAAUAAUGAACCCUAGUGAUGUACCUAUUGAGGAUCAAAUAACCUCAUCACAGAUCCAAUCAUUCGAAAAUGAAAAUAAUGUAUUAUUGGAACACAUGUCAUCUACUUUGUCUUCAGUCUUAUCGGCAGAAUCAAGUUUAUUGGAAAUAUCUCAACUCCAAUCUGAAUUAGUAAGACAUUUAUCUCAACAAACUGAAAUGGUUGAUCAAUUAUAUGAAGAUGCAGUUGGAAGUGUCAGUCAAGUUGGAAAAGCGAAUGAACAAUUGAAAAAAGCAAGAGAAAGAGGUAAAGAAGGUAGAUUGUUUUUAUUGGUUUUUCUUAUUGGAGCUAGUUUAGGUUUAUUAUUCUUGGAUUGGUAUGCUGCGUAA